UGAAAUAUCAUCCAAUAUAACCUCUAAAAGUGGUAAUUCGAAGCACAACGAUAUCUAAUUUUGUUACCGAAUUUCUUAAAGCUAUACGUAACAGUUAAAGGUCGGCGUUUGCUAUUUGGAAGCGGUAUCACAACAUUCUUUAAGAAAUUCGUGGUGCUUGUAUUACGAAUCAUAACGAGAUGAUCACUCAGGAGCCUGCGGAGUCAAAUUGUGGCCUUUGCGAACUCACGGAUGAUUACGAUGCAAUGGUAGCAUGUGACAUGUGCCAUUCCUGGUUCCACUUUAAAUGCGCGAAUGUAGAUUCUAGCGUAGAGUCCCGUCCCUGGAACUGUAUAAAUUGUGUGAAAGUUGCUACUAUUCAGGAUGGCAUAGAGCAAGUACAAUUAAACCAAACAAAAGAUGUUCCGGUUCUGAAGGUAACAAAAGCUACUACGGAGAAUUCAUCCAAGGUUGGAUCGAAGCGCUCGAAACUCGAAAGUAAACAAAACAGCCGAUACUGCUUGGAACAAAAACUCAAGCUCGUUCGGGAACAGCAGAAGUUACGACAAGAAGAGCUUGCAUUGGAAUACGAAACAAGAAAAAAGCAAUUAGAAAUCGAUAAUGAAUUUCGCAAAAAACAGCUCCAGGUACAGCAACUUGUCCUUGAGCAGGAAAAAAUAAUUCUCGAUGAGUUGUCAGUGCAGGGAAGCAGCCGUACCAGCGGUAUUACGUCUGUAAAUGGAACGAAAGACAAAGUUCAGAAAUGGUUGGUGGAAACGGAUAAGCAAAAUCCAGCCCCCGAACAGCCUUCAAUUUCCGCCAUUCCCUUACCACCAUUACCACCAAACAAUUCGUCAAUGAAUCCGUCAAUGGAUCUGUCGAUGAAUCCGUCAAUAUAUGACGACCCUCGUCAUUUAGUGCCCUCAUGCUCUGGGACCAAUCUGUUGAACGUGAGCACACACACUCAGAAACCGAUGGAAUUUGAGCUUGGCCCAACAGCAUGCCAACUUGCUGCUCGGCAGGUCAUGGGGAAAGAGCUACCAACAUUUUCGGGCAAUCCGGAGGAAUGGCCAAUAUGGAUCUCCAAUUAUGAGCAGUCAACUGCAACCUGCGGAUUUUCAGAUAAUGAGAAUUUAAUACGAUUACAACGGUGUUUGAGAGGACAAGCACUGGAAAGUGUACGAGGUCAUCUAUUGUUACCAGAAAGUGUUUCACAUGUCGUAUCUACCCUACGUAGACGAUAUGGACGUCCCGAGCAAUUAAUUCGCUCAGUAAUAGACAAGAUUAGACAGCUACCACCACUCAGAGCGGAUAAUCUAGAAAAGUUAAUUGAAUUUGGCACUGCAGUGGAAAACCUUGUGCAGUAUAUUAAAGGAGCCAAGCAGUAUGCUCACUUAACAAACCCCAUAUUACUACAAGAAAUGCUAACGAAAUUGCCCACCCAAUUCAAACUCGAAUGGUCUGUGUACAAAAGUAAGCUACAAGAUGUUUCGUUAGCUAACUUCGGAGAGUUCAUGUCUGCGCUCGUGAAUAUGGCAUGUGAGGUAAUAGAUAGUGCCCCACUGGACACGCUAGAAUCCAAGUCCAAGGCGAAGGAAAGGGGAUUUAUCCAAUCACAUGAAGAAGUAACACUUCAAUCGGUCGGAUCAGAAGUCGUGACACCAAAACCAUCGAAAAUGUGUGUAGCUUGUAAAUGCUCAAGUCAUCGAGUUGCCGAUUGUGAUAUUUUCAAAUCCUGGUCGUACGAAGAAAAAAAUCGUGUCGUUCAACAACAUUCGCUAUGUAGAACCUGUUUAAACUAUCACGGCAAAUGGACCUGUAAAUCCUGGAGAGGUUGUGAAGCACACGGUUGUCGUUUACGUCACCAUACGCUACUACACCCACCACCUCCUAUGGUCAGCCGAAAUUUCACUACUAGACUCCGAGAUUCCAAUGCAAGUGAACCGAUGUUUCGAAUCUUGCCCGUUACUGUAAUAACUCCCAACAAGCAACAUGAUAUCUUCGCAUUCAUCGAUGAAGGAUACUCUCUGACUCUCAUGGAAGGCACAGUUGCAGAACGUUUAGGUAUUAUCGGGCCAAUAGAACCUCUUCACCUCCAAUGGACAGGAAACGUCAAACGAAGUGCGUCGAACUCACAACGGAUAAAUGUUACUGUGGCGGGAAGCAAUAAGAAUGUACAUUUCCAAUUAACGAACGUUCGAACAGUAAAAAACCUUCGUUUACCUAAACAAACCUUAAUAUAUAAUGAUUUAACACAGCAGUAUCCCUAUCUUAGCGGCCUUCCAGUCGAAAGUUACCAAAAUGUCGAACCUAAGAUGCUUAUAGGUUUGCAAAACCUCCACCUAACAGUUCCUCUAAAAGUUAGGAAGUGUGGUAAAAAAGGACCUAUAGCCACAAAGUGCCGACUUGGAUGGAGCAUUUAUGGUGGCAGUCCUGAUGUACAAGUAUCACGUUUCGUAUGCAAUUUUCAUUUCAACGGAAUUAACGAUUCAGAACGUGAGUUAAAUGAAAUUGUCCGCGAGUAUUUAAUGCUAGAUGGAGCAGGUAUCACUUCACCCUUUCCAAAACCGGAAUCGGAUGAAGAUAAGCGUGCCAAAAUGUUACUCAAGAAAACUACACAGCGUAUUCAUGGUGGGUUUGAAACUGGGUUACUCUGGCGAAGUGAAGAUAUUAAAUUCCCAGAUAGCUACCCCAUGGCAUACAGGCGUCUCAAAUCUUUAGAAAAACGACUGCUCAAGGAACCAGAGCUCUACGAACGAGUACGUAUACUCAUACGCGAGUAUCAAGAAAAGGGGUACGCGCGACUAAUUACGAAAACGGAAGAGUGUACGUCCCCACUCAACCGAACAUGGUACCUUCCAUUGGGUGUUGUUACAAAUGCUAAAAAACCUGGAAAACUUCGACUCAUUUGGGAUGCUGCUGCAAAGGUAGAUGGAGUUUCUUUAAACUCAGCGUUACUGAAAGGACCAGACAUGGUUACAGCACUACCCGCGGUACUUGUUCGAUUCCGACAAUAUCCAAUCGCCCUAUGCGGCGAUAUCAGAGAAAUGUUUCACCGUAUAAAAAUUAUAGAAACUGAUCAACAUUCACAAAGAUUUCUCUGGCGAGAUAAAGCAUCCGAGAGCCCUAAGAUAUUUGUCAUGCAGGUGGCUACAUUUGGGGCUACUUGUUCGCCUUGCUCGGCCCAAUACAUAAAAAAUCGGAAUGCGCAAGAAUAUAUAGAAAAAUACCCGCGAGCAGUUAAAGCCAUCGUAGAAAACCAUUAUGUAGAUGACUUCUUGGAUAGUUUCGAGUCAAUAGAGCAAGCUAUCCAGGUGGGCAACGAAGUAAAGAUGAUACACAGAAUGGGAGGAUUUGUAAUAGGGAAUUUCUUGUCGAAUUCAAAAUCAGUGUUAAGCGGCAUGGGCGAAGCCAUGAUGGAUGACUCAAAGCAUAUGCAUUUAGAGUCAGUGGAUGGAGUCGAAUCGGUGUUAGGAAUGAAAUGGAUACCUGAGGAGGACUGCUUUACUUAUUCGUUAGCAGUUCGUGAUAACCUGCAAGAGUUAUUGAAUGACAGUCGCGUGCCAACUAAACGGGAAGUGCUCAGAAUAGUCAUGAGUUUAUUUGGCCCAUUGGGCCUCAUUUCUUUCGUUUUAAUACACGGUCGUAUUUUGAUGCAAAACAUUUGGGCGUCCGGAGCCAAAUGGGAUGAUUCAAUAAACGACAGUCUUUUCCAUCAAUGGCGCUCAUGGAUUGAUUUACUCCCGUGUUUGGAAACCCUUAGGAUUCCCCGUUCUUACUUUUCAUUUAUACCCUACGACGGACAAAAAGAAUUGCAGUUACAUGUGUUUGUAGAUGCAAGUGCUAGUGCUUACGCAGCGGUUGCUUAUUUUCGCCUAGAAACUACGAACGGAAUACAAGUGGCCCUGGUUGGGUCGAAAACUAAAGUGGCACCGCUAAAAAUGAUAUCGAUACCAAGGUUAGAACUGCUAGCCGCAGUCCUGGGAUGCCGCUUGUUGAAUAACAUAUGUUCCAAUCAUACUUUGUUAAUUUCAAAACGUCAUCUGUGGACUGAUUCCAGUACGGUGAUGGCAUGGAUACAAUCGAAGCAGCGCAAAUAUAGUCAAUUCGUGGCGUUUCGUGUUGGAGAGAUACUGGCUACUACGAACAUCGAUGAAUGGCGUUGGGUGCCCUCUAAAAACAACGUGGCAGACGAAGCCACGAAGUGGGGAAAAGGCCCUAACGUAUCCGGAAACAAUCGAUGGUUCCGGGGUCCCGAUUUUCUAUGCCAACUGGAGGAGAGAUGGUCACCCCCUUCUACAUUCAUAACCAAUACAGAAGAGUUGGCGGCAGUGAACUAUCACGAACAACAACAUCAAUUGAUUGAGUUUGAACGAUUUAGUCGUUGGGAACGACUUAUACGUACACUGGCAUACGUGCACCGGUUUGUAGAAAACAUUAGAAAUAAACAAUCAGGUGAACCUCUAGAACUAGGCGCUGUACAACAGAAGGAACUGAUAUAUGCGGAACAAAAACUUUGGAUGCAGGCACAAGUUGAAAGUUUUCAAAAUGAAAUAGCGGUACUGUGGAAAACCAGAGGAUCGCCUGAUGCAUUUCAUCCCACGGUAGCGAAAUCCAGCACGAUUUUUAAACGUUGGCCAUUCAUAGACCAAUACGGAACUUUACGAAUGCGGGGGAGAAUAGAAGCAGCAAGUUGGGCGACGUUUGAUGCAAAAUAUCCGGUUAUAUUACCUCGAAAACACUAUGUGACGUUUCUGAUUGCAGACUGGUAUCAUCGACAAUAUCGCCAUGCCAACCGGGAAACGGUAAUAAAUGAGAUUAGACAACGUUUCGAGAUUCCUAAAUUGCGAGUCCUACUGGCUAAGGUGAAAAGACAAUGUAUGGUAUGCAGAAUUAGGGGAGCGAUGCCUCAACCACCACCGUUAGGUCCGCUACCAGAUGUGCGUUUAGAGACAUUUGUUAGACCAUUCACCUAUGUUGGACUAGAUUACUAUGGACCUUUGCUGGUGAGAGUCAAGAGAAGUAACGUGAAACGCUGGGUUGCUCUUUUCACGUGUCUAACAAUCCGUGCAAUCCAUUUAGAGGUGGUACAUAGUCUUUCCACUGAAUCAUGCGUCAUGGCAGUUCGGAGGUUCGUAGCCCGACGAGGUGCUCCAAUAGAAAUCUUCUCCGACAACGGCACUAAUUUUAAAGGUGCGCAUAGACAGUUGACGCAAGAAAUUAAGAUGCGAAACCAGACAUUAUCGUCAAUAUUCACCAACACAAACACACGUUGGAAUUUCAAUCCCCCGGCGGCCCCUCAUAUGGGAGGAAUAUGGGAGCGUUUGGUAAGGUCGGUCAAAGUUGCGAUGGAGGGAUUGCUCGACGCUAGAAGAAAACCUGAUGACGAAAGUCUGGAAACGAUUUUGCUGGAAACUGAGGCAAUGAUCAACACCCGACCGCUAACAUAUAUCCCGUUAGAGUCGGCGGAUCAGGAAUCGUUAACCCCGAAUCAUUUCCUUCUGGGAAACUCAACGGGUGUUAAACAACCACCUACGAAUCUAGUUGAUUGCCGCAGUACACUGCGCAGUAGCUGGAAACUAGUUCAACAUUUAGUUGAUCAGAUGUGGCGUAGAUGGAUCAAGGAGUACACCCCAGUGAUCACUAGACGCAGCAAAUGGUUCGAAGAGAGAAGAGAUAUCAAAAAGGGAGACUUGGUGUUAAUAGUUAAUGAAAACAUAAGAAACCAAUGGAUCAGAGGAAGAGUUGAGCAAGUAUUCUUUGGAAAAGAUGGACGGGUACGACAGGCGAUGGUACGGACCUCUUCCGGGUUGAUGAGAAGAGCAGUUGUGAAGCUAGCAAUGCUCGACGUCGUAAAUCAAGGUGAACACGUGCAUGAUAUGACCGAUGUUCACGGGUAG